AGCUUUCAUCGUUUUAAAUUUGUGAAUGGAAAAAGAAGAGAAAAGAAUUGCAAACCAAUUAGGCAGUGGCAAAUGUUAGAUAUAGGAGUGGACGAGGUGUGAAGAAAGCUACUGUUCAUUCGAACUUACUCUUUUAAUAAUAACAUCCACAAUCGAAAGUGUGAUAAACUUUUACGUGAAAAAAGUUUAGUGCCUUCAACGCUUUACAUAUUGACAUAUAAAAAAAUUACUCAUUCUCAAAGCACAAAUGCAGAAAAUGCCUUCUCAAAUCAUUCCGGACGGCACAAACGCCAACAGUGCCACCAAUGAAAUCAAAGUGAAAACGGCCUACAAUGGCGAAAUAAUGAUAACCUACAUAGAGGAAAAUAUUACUUAUGAGAAUCUAUGCCAUGAGAUACGCGGCAUAUGCCGUUUUCCAUCUGAUCAGCCUUUCACCAUUAAAUGGGUGGACGAAGAGAAUGAUCCUUGUACUAUAACUACGCAAAUGGAAUUGGACGAGGCCAUACGCUUGUAUGAAAUCAAUCGUGACUCCGAACUGGUUAUACAUGGACAGCGACAGGAUGCCUUCUGAUGUCGCCGCAAAAUCACCUGCACGACGAAGCCGAUAUGCUCCCUAUUAUGGAGCAUAACACAAUGCUCUGCAGGCAGUUUCUAGUUGGGAGCCACAAAUAGACAAAUGAUCGCUGAUGAGCCCUCGCCAAGGCACGUCAGGAAGCAUCUCUACGAACUAACGGACAAAGUCCCGAGAUUCAUCAAGCAGCCUCUGGUUCCGUCAGCUUACCGACAGGUCUUUACCGACGGCAUUUACAGAGAGGCAGUCUUCGAGUUAUAUGGACUCUCGGCAUAUGGACAUACCUCAUCGAGGCUGCAUGCUUCCUGGGUCUACCGCUAGUAGAGCUUGACGACAACGAUUGUGGGACUAACCGAUUUGGGCGGGGUUUUUGUAGCCGCUGCAACAAAAAAAACAACUAAACAUUUUAUUCGAUAUACUUACGUACAUUAUUGUAAUGAGCCUAUGUGUUACUAUAAAAUCUUUCGGUUUAAUAUAUCUUUUAUUGCGUGCUAUUGCAAGUUGUUCAAAAGGACGAAAAAAAUAGAUCACGCUCGGCCCACAGUGAUAUUUGGUCCCAAAUUCGUGCCUAUAAAUCCAAAUAUAAGGUAUCGACUAUUCUCUUGGGUUGGCUAAAAUGAUGUUUCAGCUAUGGAAAUAUGUCCAAGCCAGGUCCCGACCGUUGCAUCUGUUCCUAUGAUUAGUGUGAAAAUGUUAGUUGACGCAGCGCUCUGAAAAGUAAAAAUUGAAUGCUAAAGUUUAAAAGAACGCCAAAAGCCAUA